AGAGAGAGAGAGAGAGAGAGAGAGAGAGAGAGAGAUGGAGGUUGAAGGAUCAUCGAAGAAGAUGAUAGCGACACAAGAAGAGAUGGUUCAGGCUAGGGUUCCUCUUGCUUACAGAGACCAAUGUGCCAACCUCCUGGUACCUCUCAACAAAUGCAGGGUUGCGGAGUUCUACCUCCCAUGGAAGUGCGAGAACGAACGUCAUGCCUACGAGAAAUGCGAGUACGAGCUUGUUAUGGAGAGGAUGUUGAAGAUGCAGAAAAUCAGGGAAGAACAGGAGAAAUUGAAGCAGCGGCAGAAGCAAGGAAUUCCUCUAAUUCCCAACACUGCCAAUGUCUGACCGGUCAGUUCUUUCGAUCCAUUGUCAUGGAAAUCCAGGAUGUGCGGUGUACAUUGAAGGAGGCUCUGGCAUUGUUGCCACCAUUUAUUGAUUUCAGUUGUUUGUUUCGCAGACA